UAGUAUGGUAAUUUUUGUCUUUUUUAGCUUCCUUUAUGGACAUGUCCAGAAUGUGAACAGAAAAUGUUAAAUGAGGAAGAAAAUAAUAAAAUGAAAGUAUGUAACUGAAUACAAAACACAGUUGACAGUUUUACUCUUCGAUUACUUUCGAAAGAGCCUGUUUCUCAAUCACUAUAACUAUUCACAGCUAUCUAUAUCAGCAGUCCGUUCUUGAUGUUUGAACUGCUAUUAAUUUACACAAAGGUCUUAAUUUAUGUUUUUGAAGCGUCUAUUUUCAUAGAAUUUCUCUUAGAGCCCAACAGAAGUUUUGUAGUUCCCUGAAGAUGUUUAGUAGUAAUCGAUUUAGAAUAAUUCUAAUUUCUCUCCGUCUUUUCUUUUUUACUAUAGGUGACGGAUCCGAUGAUAAUGAAUACAGAUGAGCAUGACAAUCGAGAUGAACUACAUCCGACGAUUAUUAGUCGAACGGAUGAUGAUGAUUUCGGUGACAAUUCAGUUAGUCUAUCCAUGAUUCCAACGAAUUCAAAUAGGAAUAAAUCCACUCAACAGACAUGUUGGUGCGCAUCAUGUAGUCAACAACAGUUACAAUUUCCACAAGAUGGAACAGUCACAUCUUCUUCUUCUCUUGAGAAUGAAAAUGAUGUUGAACAAAUUUCAAAUGGAAUUCAACAGUUAUGGCAUUACGUUGCACAUCUUGUUAAAUGUAUUUAUAGAGAGACAGGAGCAGAAUUCGCUGAAACUCAUUCUCAAAAUGAAUUAUUCAAAGCUCGUGAAUAUGUAAUGCGUUUAACAUUGUAUAAUCCAUCUUCAUUAUUUUCUAAAUUAGAAUCGAUUGUAUUAGAAUAUGUAGAUGAAAUUCGUAAUCAAGUUUUAAAACGAUUUCAAACAUGUUCAAAAACAUCUCAUGACGUUCAGUUAUUUAUAUCAUUUUUACUAGAGGAAUACUCAACAUUCAUCCAAGCAGCUGAAAAUGUUUCAGCAAUUGUUGCCGAUCUAGAAGAGCAUUAUCUGAAAGAGUUUUAUUUAACAUGGAUAUUGUACAACAAACAUUUAUAUGAAAAACUCAUUUAUAUGGAUCGUAAAAUUCAACAUUCAAUGUCAACUAUUAUCGAUCUAUUACAACCAAAUGAACACGAUGAAUAUCCGCCAGCCGAAUAUACUUUAUUGUUAAAUCGCUUUUUGGCAUUUGAUGAAGAAAUGUCUGAAAUAGCGUGUUUAUAUAAAGAAUGUGAAACGAAAAUAAAUAUGAAACGAAAAGAAGAAAUGAUUCAGAAAGUACAACAAAAGAAAAAACAACAUCAUCAAGCAGGCACAACGAUGAUAAAUGGUAAUACGUGUACUAAAGGAAAAGAAAAACAACAGAUAUCGAAAGGAUUAGUAGCACCGUUGACAGUUAGUAGUGGAACAAAACGCAAAAGACAAAAUACGGAUCCAAAUAAGGAGAAGACUAUAAAUGAACAGACGAAACAAGUGGAGGUGGAGAAAAAUGGACCAUCUUCGAUUAUAUUAGACAAACGUAAUUUGAAUGACGUAAGGGAUGAUAAUUCAACGGAUGAUACUCGAAGUUAUACAAUUGAUGAUUUGGAAGAUUUAGAUCAAGGUGAAGAAGCUGAUGAAGAGGGUUUGGACGACGAAGAUCUAGAGGAUGAGAUAGAUGAAGAUGAAGGGGAGGAUUUACUGGAAGAAGCAUGCGAAGACAAUGACCAUGGAAGUAAAGAUGGUACAGACUGGUUACAAGAAUUGAAUGAAGCCAAAGGCUUUCAGCAAUGGAUUAAAAACAAGGAGAAAAAUGAAGAAAACGCGAAGAUUGGAGAAAUGCACGAAAUACCCAAAUUAUACGGCAACAAACAAAUAGAUCAAGAUACAAAAUCUAUCUCUCAACAAGCAAAAUUUGCCUUAACAUUACCCAUUACUUCUGUACCAUCUGCUGCAGUUGUAUUCACGGAUAUUACUGAUAAAAAAUCAACUACAUCUGAGAAAACGUUGUCAACUGCUUCCUCUGAUCUGAUAGUUAAUAGUUUAACAAAACUUCCAUCAUCAAAUAAAAAAUCAAAACGAAAAAAUAAAACGUCCGUAACAACAGUAACAGCGUCAACUAGUGAUACAGCAAAAGCAAAAUGUGAUUUAUUAAAAUUUUUACCAGCUGCGUCAAUAAAACAACCUCCUAGAUUCCAAUGUGGCAGAGCAAAUUCUUCAUCGGGGACAACAUUAUCAAAUUUAGGUUUAUUAACAAAAGACGAACUCAUUCUCCCUCCACGAACACCCUUUUCAUUAGCAGAUUUAACAGCACAAUUUCAAUCUGUCUCAUUUACAGCUGGUACAUUUGGUUCAAUAACAAAUUCCUCGUGCUCUUCAUCUUCCUCCUCUACAUCCUCUACAUGCUCAUCAAAGAAAAUCUCAGGUGGCGUAACAACUACAGAUAACCUAACGGCCACAACAACCCAAAGUGCAACUCGUUUAAGUAUAAAUUUGACACGAAAGCCAACUUCGGGUGGAAUUAAUUCAUUAUCUUCGUCAGGAAAUAAUAAAAAUUCAAAUUGUAUAGCAGCUAUUAUUAGUGAAUUAACUGGAAAUACAAGUGGUGAUGAACAAACACAGACCCAUAAACAUGAUAGUCAGGUGACACAGAUAAGGAAAAAAGAUGCUCAAUUCAAGAAAAAACAAUCGAAACAUACAACGACAACGACUACAUCAGCGAUCAGUUGUGGACAAAUGAAUGGGGGGUCUUCACAAACAUCACUCAUUGUAUCGGGUUCGACUGGUUUACCUUCUAUCUCCUGUUCUUCAUCUCAAUCUUCAACUACAAAUCCAUCAAAAGAGAGUAUCUCAUCUUCACCUUCUUCUUACACUGAAACGUUAGAUCAUCUAUUACGUCAUGCAGCUUCAUCAAUUGAAGUUAGUGAAUCGGCUCUUCAUUCCUUAUUAGCUUCACUACGCUCACCACAAUCCAUCGAACAAUUAACAUCGUCACAUACAACAUCCUCGUUGCCAUUGCCUUGUCAGACAGUUGCAUCACAAAAACAAGAUCAAGAAAAACGUUCACCAUGUACAUCGACACCGCCAACGAUUCCAGCACUUAUUCAACAACAUAAAACAUCAAUAACAAAAGACACAGAUAUAGAUGACGCAAAUAAUAAUAUUCAAAAACAUUGUGACUUUUGUUAUUGUGAAUUUCUCGAACAUAUUGGUCCAAAUGGAGGAACAUCAGCCAUUCAUUUAACGGGUAGUGGCACUGUGUGUGCAUCGAUUGGUGGUAGUUCGAGUCAACGUAACGCAGAAAUUCGAGAAAAGUUACGAAUAAGACUAACAAAACGUCGAGUACAAGCAUCACAAACUGAUUCAACGUCAACUACUUCGACUACGCCAUGUUGUCAAGCAACCACGGUACUAUCCGGUGGGAAAAAAAUAACUGAUACUGUGAUCAAUGAGCAACAGCAGGUACCUGUAUGUACUCAUCAACAAAAAACACAAAUGAAAGAUACCGAAAAAAAGAAUGUGCACGUAACAGCAGCGCAAACAAACGACAUGUUAGCAACGCAAGGGAAUAGUAGUACUUCGUUAGUGACGACGUCUUUGUCUCAAAAUCAAGUUAAAAAUAAUAAUACAACAAACGCAAAUACGAAUAUUAAUGUAAAGCAAACGGGCACAGUUAUAAAACCAACAACUACGAUGGCAACAGCUCCGACGAAUAAUUCAUCGUUAGCGCCAAAAACUUCUCACGGUACACCAUCGACACCAGUGACACAUGCAAUAAAUUGUGGAAUAAUUGAUACAAAAAAAGUAAUCAGUAACAACAAUACUCCUGUUUCAGCUAAUUCUUCGUUAGCCACACUAAAAACAAAUUCUCAGACACAAACUCGAGCUUCUGUGCCAACAGCUAAUAUAAAAACAGCGCCCUCUUCUGCUACUGCUUCGACUCAAGUGUUGACCACUACUACAACUCAGAUAGCUCCUAAAAAUGAGAAAACUGAAAUCGAAGAACUGGUACGAUUUAUUGAGGACAAAAAUGAACAAUCAACAACAACGAACGCACCGGCAACAGCUAGUACGACCACUAAUUCUGGAUCUAAGAAAAAAUCAAAAAAGAAAAAACAACAACAACAAAAAGUGGCAACAACAACUGUGGAAGAUACAGGAAAUGAAAAAUUAAAAAUAAACAAAACUAUCACUGAUGAACAACAAAUUAAAAUAAUAGCAAAACCCCAAGCAAAUCUACAAAUCACAAGUCAACCGCUACAAACAUUGGCGCACGAAAGAAAUUCUUCCACUACUACUGUUCAAUCGCCGAUAAUAAGUACAAAAGGUGAUGGAACUGAAGCUGACCAAGCAUCAACAACUUCCAAAAAGAAACGUACUAAAAAACCACAACAAAAUGAAACAACGGCUACAAAAACCGAAGAACCACUUAAACAGUCUAAAAUGGUAAAUGGAACAACGUCUGAAAUAAUUACUACCAUUGUAAGGCCAGAUAAACUGACGAAAAAAGAACAGAAAAAGAAAAUAUCAACAGUCACGUCUGAACCACAACAAUCAGAUAUAUUGAUUGAAGAUCGUUCUAGACUCUCACCUCCAGUAACAACACCAUCGCAACAAGACGUAUCAUCACAACAAUCAUCAUAUGUGAUUGAAGAGCAUCCACAACUAUCUCCGGAAGAAGAAGUCAACUGGAUAACUAUAUCAAGGAAACAAAGUAAACAUAAACCAACCAGUUCAACAACUACACAAGAAUCAACCGUUCAAUCAGCGAUUAUUCAAAAACCCACUUAUUAUCAAUCUCAACAUAUUUAUUCAAAUUCAAACAACUCUAACACAACGAAUAGUAAACGUCUGUUAAAUCCAAGUGGUAAUAAAACAAUUUGUAGUUCGAAACCGUCUGUAUUAACAAAAUCCUCGUCCACAACCACUACGGGCUCAUCGUCUAAAUUACAUACAUCAAAUAAUUAUUAUCAACAGGCUCAAAAAGAUCAACAGAAUCAGCAGCAUUCUUCAACAUCUCAAAUUAGUGACUCGACAUAUUAUAAUAGUUUAAGGUAUAUGACUGCUCCGCCUCCGCCUCGUCUACAAAAUUUGCUGAAAAAUCAUGCAUCACAUCAAACAAGAUAUCAAAGUCAACUAUCACAAACUAAUUUGGAAGAUAAUAAUAUAGAGACAAAUCAUAAUGACAUAUCAUCUAUUUAUAAUUCAUCUUGGAAUGAGCAUGAACAACAUUCGCAACAGCAACAGAUAUCUCAACCAACAUCACAAGUAAAUAUAUCAGAGUAUGUUAUAAGAAAUUCGAGUAUCUCACCAUCACCAUCUUCGAAUUUUGUUCAUAUCCCGUUACAACAAGCCCCAGUUCCUAUUCCUCUUACUUCUACUCAAACAACUGUUCCAUCAUUGAUGGAAGAAUCUUCUCUUAUUGAACAAGAUCCACCAUACUGGACAAUUAUCGACCAUCAGGAUAUUAUUCAAUCUCAACAACAAAUCAUUCAUAAAUCGCCUCAACAGCAGUAUUCGUCAUCUAUCGAUUCGAGUAAAAUAAUUCAACGUCCACAACCACAAUUGACCCCAGCUCAACUUACAAUACCUACACCAACGUCUUUAUACCAACAGCAAAUGUCACAAACCCAACAACAAACAUUUUCACCAGCUCCGGGCACACCAAUUUCAUCUCAAUCAUCAUCUUCCACAUCAUUAAUCAAUCGUUGUAUCCAACGUCCAAAUUCAAGUGCCUCUCCGAAUCCUUUUCCACAUAAACAAAUAACAAGUCCUCAGCCAUCUUCCACUUUAUCUUAUCCUUUCUAUUCUCCAAUGAAUUAUGCUCAGAUGAAUGAUCAUCCACCAUCUCCAUUUCCCCAAUGGAAUCAUAAACAAGAACAAUGGAAAUAUCAGCAACAAUCACAGUCGACAAUACAACCAUUGUCGUCGUCGUAUCCUGCAUAUCACCCAUUUGCAAGUGGAAUUCAGAAUCCUACAGCACUAUAUUUAGAUUCUCAACGAUAUGAUCAAGAACAGCAACAACAGCAAUAUAGGCGAACGAUGGGGACUAAACAAGAAUUAUUUCAAGAAAACAAUAUGAACGAUGAAGAUGUAUUUAUGCCUCGUGUUGAUGGCGCUUCUAAUGAAAUGGAUUUAUUCGAUAGGGAAAUUGAAGAAUUUAAAAAAUUUUGUCUUGAAAGUAAACCAUUAGAACAACGUGAAAAAGUGAAUGUUAAUGUUGAACGAUGUUUUGAACGUCAAUCGUAG